ACAAAAUCGAUUUAAUUCUCCCCCUUCUCAAAAACUCACCUCUGUAUUGUAUUGCCUCAACAAUAUCUCCCGCCAGUUUUGAACAGUGAAUAAUAAUAAUAAUAAUAAAAAUGGAGAGAUUUUAUUAUUCUCCACCACAGAGGAAUUCGGACGUUGAUUUUCACGACGUGUUUGGGGGCCCACCACGGCGGUCUUCGGUUAACGAAACGCGGAGCGUGAGUGAUGAUGAAAGUGAAGGUGGUUGGUGUACGUGGCCUCGUGAACGUGAGAAACCAGUGUUUGGGGAGGAUAGUGGAAACAGGAGGCGUUACCAUCCAAACAAGAACAAUAUUGACUUCUUCGAUGACAUUUUUGGAGGAGAGGAGUCUCCAUCUCCAUCUCCGAGCGUGAGUUCAACGCCAAAGAAGCGUGAUGGGAUUGGGAACCCUUUCUCUAACACAGUGUUGAGUCCUGCCAUUCCUCUGCCUUCCCCAGCUGAACCUUCAUGUCUCCCUGCACCCUUCAGCCUUCCUGCCAAAUUGACAAAUGGGGCGGAACUUCCAACAUUUGGCUCCCCUACUAGGAGGAGGAACCCAUUCAACAACAGCAACGAUGGAAUUGCUACUUCAAAUGGAUUAGGCUCUUCAGAUUCUCAUCUAUCUCAACGAAAGGAGUUGAAAAAUGAUUUAAAACCAUCUCACAGGCAAAGUCUUCUAUCAAAGGAGUUUUCAGACUUGAGCAUAUCUGAUAAAGCAGACAAAGGAAGCAAUAUGAAACAAGACAUAUCUAUUGGUGAAGUUUCGCCUAGUACCACCAACGAUCACUUUCAUUUCUCAAUAUACAAAUGGGCCAGUAAAGGGGUGCCAUUGGUGAUGUCUCUUAGGACAGAGAGAACCUCAAGGACAAAAGAUAAGGUUAAACUUGAGAGAUGCUCAAGCGCUACUGAAUGGAUUGUCAGUGAAAUUACCACACAAAAUGAUAGUCCUGCAGCAUACAAUGCUUCCUCUUUGACAAAAAACAGAAAACAAGAUGUGUCAACUACUUCCGCAACCACUCGAAAUGGGGCAGAUUCGCAACAUAUUGUAGAACAAAUAGCUUCUGCCAAAGCUCAAUCAGAUACAUUGAGCAGCCUUCAAACUGUUAUUAAAGAUGAUCCUGGUUGUUCUAUCUCAGAAUCAAGUACUCAUUCUAUAAGUGGCACAGGCUUCUCUGGAAAAACUGAAGCAGCAAGCGAAAGUCAGAAGCUUGCGUCCAAACCAUUACAUUCUCUGUUCACUGAAAGUGAUGAGAAACAAGAUUAUGAUGAGAACAGUAGAAGGGAGGGACAAAAAAUCAUGACGAAAAGCACAAAAAAGUCGUCUGCUAUUUUUGAUGGUGCCGUGAAUCCAAAGAAACAAAAAGAAAAGACAAUUUCCUUGAGAGAUGUAGAACAUAGCAAAGCUGCAUCCGGUUCAUCAAGCUUAGGCGAGAAUGUGGGGAAAGGCCGAGUUAAAGGAAAGGUCAAAGAGUUUGUUCGAAUAUUCAACCAAGAAGCUGUAACAAAACCCAUAUCUGACUCCAAAUCUCGACUUCAGGGUUCUUCAUACAAGCAGAGAGGUGCUUUAAGGACAAAGAAUGAAGUGGAAGGUUAUACUGAACAGUCCAAGAAGGAGAACUCCGCCGAAGAGACCACCAACAUGUCUGCUAAUAAUUUGUCUCAGCGGGAUGAUAUAUCAGCAUCAGCAGCGAUUCCUGAUAUCUCAUUUGCUGUUAUUGGAGAUAAAGACGAAUCCUUCCAUGGGAAUUUCAUGAUACAAGUAUUAGCCCAAGAUGAGGGCGAGGUCUUAGAAAACCAAGAAAAUCGAGAAAUCCAAGUCAUUGACGACAAGAUACAAAAAUGGUCUAAAGGGAAGGAAGGAAACAUACGCUCGCUGCUAUCAACAUUACAAUACGUGCUUUGGCCGGAGAGUGGCUGGAAGCCUGUGCCUCUAGUUGAUAUAAUUGAAGGGAAUGCGGUGAAAAGAUCCUAUCAGAGAGCUUUACUCUGUCUCCAUCCAGACAAGUUGCAGCAAAAGGGUGCUGCUUCAAAUCAAAAAUACACCGCCGAAAAAGUUUUUGAUAUUUUACAGGAGGCAUGGACUCAAUUCAGUAUGCUCUCUGCCCUCUAAUUUCUGUCAAUACCAAUAUUGAGGAAAAGCUCUGUUCAUGCCUAAUGGGAAGCUUCCCUCCGCAGUCUGUCAACAAGGGGAUAGAUCUUUUUCAUAUAGAAGUGCAAGUGACACUUCCUUCAUAUAGUAGCUAAUGUCAUUGUGACAGAAUAUAAAUGACUGACUCCACAAAUAUGCAAUCUUCUUUUCUGGCAUGCAUACACAAGUAUUUUUUUAUUUUUUAUUUUUUUCAGAACAGAUUAGUCAACUUUUUUCUUACUUUUAUAUAUCUACAGCACAGUAAAUAUAUCUGCAGGCAAUGCAAGGAAACUGACUUCAAGCUAUAGUCUUUAUGUAUCAGCACUCUCUCUGUCUCUUAAUUUUCUUUAUAUUUGUAACUUCUA